UUGGAUCGAGCCUCGAUGGAGGGACAUCCGCUGCUUUUCUACCCGCUCCACUCGUCUAAACCUCCUUUUUACUCUCGCCAUUAACGCCUGCACCAUUACCCAUCGUCGUCUUUUGUUCUCCACCCGGUCCGGACGGAUCUUGUCGCUUUCUACCGGCCCGGCCGUCUUGUGUCCGCCCUCACUUGGUGACAGAAACAGCUGUUGCUUUCUCCAUGCGAUCGCCUAGAUUCGCAGAUUCAAAAAUCCGGGGUUGACUUUUUGAUCAUGGCCUUACGAGGGAGAUCGGAUUCUUCCUCCUCUUCGUCUUCCUUCAUCGCCAGUCCGUCUCGUCCACCGCGUCGCUCAAAGCCGCGCCCCUCCACCGUCAGAGUAUCAUCAUCAACACCAUCACCAGCAUCACGAUUGUCAUCACGAUUAUCAUCAUCGCACAUUCUACUCUUUCUCAUUGCCUACCGUCUCCUUAAUGCAUCCAUAGUUAGAACUUUUUUCCAGCCUGAUGAAUUCUUUCAAUCGCUUGAACCUGCCUGGCAAAUUGCCUUUGGAGAGAACCACGGGGCUUGGAUAACUUGGGAAUGGAAACACCAACUUCGAUCUUCUAUACACCCCCUUCUAUUUGCUGCCGUCUACUACGCUGUCGAUAUCCUCGCUCGAGUUCUUCAUCUCACUCCCGCAAUCCGAGCGGACCUCCUUGUUGCCGCCCCCAAAACAGCGCAGGCCGUUGUCGCGGCCAUCGGUGACUAUUAUACCUGGAAACUAGCUCGUCGCAUCCACGGGGAACACAGUCGGGAAGCAUGGGCAGCACUGGCUUUGACCGUUCUCAGCCCUUGGCAAUGGUUCUGUUCGACCAGGACCCUGUCCAACUGUCUCGAGACUACGAUCACCAUCGUCGCUCUUUAUCUAUGGCCAUGGGAAUUUUCUUUGGGCUCCGCGCAACAGGGUGAAGUUAAGAAGGCCAGGACUACGCGCAAAACCAGCAGAAGUCGCGAUACGGAGGAUGGCCCGACUCUGCUCAAUAGAUUGCGACAAUGUCUUUCUCUGGCUGCUCUUGCCUGUAUUCUACGCCCGACGAAUAUCCUCAUCUGGGUCACUCUGGCUGGUGUUGCAUGGUUUCGGGGGACCUGGGACCAACGUAAGAUUCUUGUCCGCGAGAUCGUGAUUUGCGGUCCUGCUGCUCUGACCGUGUCAACCGUGGUGGAUCGCCUCUUCUACGGAACUUGGACAUUUCCGCCGCUCAAGUUCCUCUACUUCAAUGUCGCACAAUCUCUAUCCGUCUUCUAUGGAAAAAAUGACUGGCAUUACUAUAUUUCCCAGGGAUAUCCUCUACUCCUAACCACGGCACUCCCUUUCGCACUCCUCGGCUUGUAUCGCGCUUUGGCACGCACACCAUCGUCGGGAACAGAAUCGUCGAGUGUCAUACGGACUCAGCUUGCGCUGAUUUGUGUGGUGAUGCCAUUCGUGCUUUCUCUUAUCUCACACAAAGAAGUGCGAUUUAUUUAUCCCUUGUUGCCGUCCUUGCACAUUCUGGCUGCCCCAUGCCUGGUGGAUUACUUCCUCCCCGCCGUUUCCCGCUCUUCCCAGGCAUACAUGCCUCGGAGACUUACUCUUAUGUUCUUGGUGUUGGCAAAUGUCGUCAUUGCUCUAUACACCACCAUCUACCAUGCAUCGGGCACCCUAAAUGUCCUUACUUAUCUCCGGCAGCAGCAUGAAGCCCACGCUCCUCUGGCUGAAAGCACAACAGGCACAGGAACGCCCCAGUCUGGAAUUACGGCUGGAUUCCUAAUGCCCUGCCAUAGCACUCCGUGGCGCUCCCACUUGGUCUUCCCGGACAUUCACACAUGGGCACUAUCCUGCGACCCGCCGGUCGGGCUGGACGAAACCCAGAAAGCAGCAUACGUUGAUGAGGCGGACCAAUUCUACGAGAACCCAAGCCAAUUCCUACAAAAGAACAUGGUAGGCGGCCUACGACACGUACCCCGCAAGCCUACCUAUCUCUCCAACUCUGCAUCCCAAUCCACCCGCCAGGACACGAGCACCUCCCACGAAUGGCCCGACUACCUCGCCUUCUUCGCGGCCCUCGAACCCACCCUCCAAAGUCUCCUCCGAAGCACUUCCUACGGCGAAUGCUGGCGAACAUACAACACAGCCUGGCACGACGACUCGCGCCGACGAGGCGACAUCAUCGUCUGGUGUCUCGACCCAAACGAACAACAAGCCUGGCGCACUCAAACCCGAAAACAACAACAAACCCACCAAACCCAAGAACACCACUUCGACCGCAUCAUCGAAGCAAUCAAGAACGAAGCCCUGGGCAAGCCCAAAUCCUCUCCAUGGCAGAAAUGGAAACCCUUCAUCCCCAGUCUCCCGACGUCUUGGCCGUGGGAAAGACGUAAGCCGAAGACUUGGGCGGGGAUUCAAAUUCCUUCUCUGCGGACGACUCCGUCGUGGACGUGGAAAAAGCCUUCGUGGAGCUGGUCGAUGCCUUUUGGGAAGAAAAAGGCUAAGCAGAUUUCUGCGCGGGAUCUGUGGUCUUGAUAUCUUAUAUCUAAAGCUAUCAUAGCUUAACAUAUUAUAUGCAUUGUAUUAUUAGUAUUGUUUUAUUUCGGUUCUAUCUCCCAUGUCUUCAACUUCACUUUAGAAUUCUGAACAAUUUUGAACAAAGCAUUUUGACAUAGUCUAAUCAACUGUGAACAUAAACGGCAUUUUAUAGAAAAGAAGCCCUUGCGUGAUAAAUCCAGUCUCAAUUUUCAAAUAUUCACAAAUGUGAUUUCAACUAUAAAUAUCCUAUCCAUCCCGACGUCUAUGUAUUUAUGUUUGCUUGACUG